AUAAAAACUAAAUAAAGUUCCUUUAGAAAGAAAUCCAAAGAAGGCAACUGGAUUAGGAAAAAAAAGUUACAUCUCUCCGUCUCUGUCCCCCCUUCCCCCAGUUCCCAGACGGGGGAUAGACAGCGAGAAAGACAAGAAAGAGUGAUUUCACUCUUCAUCUCUAAGACGGCCCAACUCUUUAAACUCGAAGUAUGAGAAACCUCUGAGCAUUAUAUAAAUAAACAGAAUAGAGGAGAAAAGGGCUCAUUUCCUUUCUUGGUUUUGUCAUCUCGCAUCGUGUUCCCCUUGGUCCGUCCUUCCCUCUCAGAUUCAUCUGUCUUCGAAGGAAGGAUUGUGGGGUACGGUUGUGCAGAGAAGUGGAAGCCGUAGGUGAUCUCAAUUCUGUGAUUGAAGGUGAAAGUUUGAGGCUUUGUGGACGUUUCUUUGGUAGGUUGGGGAUUUCUUGAACUGGGGUCUCAUUCGAAUCCAUUUUUUCCUUGUGGGGUUUUAGUGUUGCAAUCUGGUAUAUCUAGGACCUCAAUUCCAGUUUCUUCUGCUGUUAAUGGGGGCUUAUAGUCCUCGGGCACCUUAAUCAUUCUGGAAAUGCUUGUAGUGGAACUUCCCUUGAGCGGCUACUGUUGAGCCUCCCUUUUUCCUUAUUGAUCUGUUUGGUCCUCUUGUUAAGACUUUGAAAGGGUGAACGUCUGAGCUGGUUUCUUCCAACUUCCUGGCUGCUUGCAAGUAGAGAGAUUUAAGUUGUAAUGGCUAGUCCACAGCAACCUUCCCGAGGGUACUCUGUUGCGAUUAGUCCUUCCAACCCUGAAGCAUCAAUCCCUCAACCUGAUAGAAGUCAUAUUACUUCUUCACCUCAAGUAUUAGCUGGACCUCCCAGAUUUCCUCCCCCUAAGUUGCAACAUGAUCACCUUUCCCCUUCUGUGAAAACCCCAACCUUGAUGUCACCGGCAAAUGCAGUUUCAAGUGGAAGCCCAAUUCCUCACUUGAGUACCCCACCUGGCCCUCCGGUGUUCACUUCACCUGUGCGGCCUGCUGCAGUGCCUUUCCGGACUUCCCCAUCAACUCCGCAACCAGUUGCGUUCUCAUCAGGAUCAUCGCUGCCCACUUCAUCUCCUCCCAAUUUCUCAAAUGGCUCACCCCAGUUGGAUCCCCAGCUUCCCCAAGCAAUGGAGGAGAACUCUUCAGUUGAGGAAUCACCAUGUGUGUUAUUCUCGUCAACUAAGGUUUUGAAGCAGAAAAAACUGGCAAAUGCAGCAAGUUUGGGUUUUGGGGCAUUGAUUUCCCCUGGUCGAGAGAUUUUACAAGGUCCCCAAAUUGUACAACGUGUUGCCCAUCGCUGCCAAAACUGUGGAGCUUAUGCAAAUCUGUAUUGCAAAAUAUUACUUGGUUCGGGCCAGUGGCAAUGUGUGAUUUGCAUGUCAUUAAAUGGAAGUGACAGGGAAUAUGUAGCACCAAGCAAAGAAGAUCUGCGCAACCUUCCUGAACUUUCGUCUCCAGUAGUUGACUAUGUUCAACCUGGGAAUAAGAGACCUGGUUUCAUUCCAGUUUCUGAUUCUAGAGUGUCUGCACCUGUCGUUCUUGUUAUUGAUGACUGCUUGGAUGAGCCACACCUGCAGCACUUACAAAGCUCCUUACAUGCAUUUGUUGAUUCUCUUCCUCCUACAUCCAGAAUAGGAAUCAUAACAUACGGCCGUGUAGUAUCUGUUUAUGAUUUUUCAGAGGAAUCAUUUGCUUCAGCCGACGUGCUUCCAGGAGAUAAAUCACCCACUCCAGAAUCCUUGAAAGGAUUAAUCUACGGGACUGGUGUGUAUUUGUCGCCAAUGCAUGCUUCAAAAGAAGUAGCACAUAGAAUAUUCUCAUCAUUGAGACCAUUCAAGUUGGACAUCGCAGAAGCUUCAAGGGAACGCUGCCUGGGUGCUGCUGUUGAAAUAGCUCUAUCUAUAAUUCAGGGGCCAUCGGGAGAGAUGUCUCGGGGUGUAGUCAAGAGGCCAGGGGGUAAUACUAGGAUCAUUGUAUGCGCUGGUGGGCCAAAUACCUAUGGUCCUGGAUCUGUUCCUCAUUCCUUUGGGCACCCAAACUAUGCUCACCUUGAAAGUACAGCCUUCAAAUGGAUGGAACAGCUGGGUCGUGAAGCUCAACGACACAAUACAGUGGUUGAUAUUCUAUGUGCAGGAACUUGCCCAGUUAGGGUUCCAGUUCUGCAGCCUCUUGCUAAAUCUUCUGGCGGUGUUCUGGUACUUCACGACGACUUUGGUGAAGCCUUUGGUGUGAACUUGCAAAGAGCAGCUUCCAGGGCAUCAGGCUCUCAUGGUCUUCUGGAGAUUCGAUGCUCUGAUGAUAUCAUUGUUACGCAAGUCGUCGGUCCUGGGGAAGCGGCACAAUAUGAAGACAGCAGUGAAUUUAAGAGUGAUUCUUCUCUUUCUAUUCAGAUGUUAAGUGUUGAAGAAUCUCAGUGCUUCGCAUUGUCGAUGGAAAAUAAAGGUGACAUCAAGAGUGAUAGUGUGUAUUUCCAGUUCGUCAUACAAUUUUCAAAUGUUUAUCAGGCAGAUAUUUCGAGGGUCAUAACAAUUAGACUAGCUACUGUAGAUAGUGUUUCGGCAUAUCUUGAGUGUGUACAUGAUGAGGUGGCUGCCAUCCUGAUUGCUAAGAGGACUCUAUUGCGAGCCAAAAACUCUGCCGAUGCAAUUGAUAUGCGGGCAUCGAUCGAUGAGCGUAUCAAGGAUAUCACUCUGAAAUUUGGUGCUCAAGUGCCAAAGUCUAAACUUCGAAGAUUCCCCAAGGAACUCUCCUUGCUGCCUGAGCUCCUUUUUCAUCUCAGAAGAGGGCCAUUGUUGGGAAGCAUUGUCGGCCAUGAGGAUGAACGCUCUGUGUUGAGGAACUUGUUUCUGAAUGCAUCAUUUGAUCUUUCACUCCGUAUGGUUGCACCGCGAUGUCUGAUGCACCGAGAAGGAGGCACUUUCGAGGAAUUGCCAGCCUAUGACCUCGCAAUGCAGUCUGACACAGCUGUUGUUCUUGAUCAUGGCACUGAUAUCUUCAUUUGGUUGGGUGCUGAACUAGCUGUGGACGAAGGUAGAAGUGCAGCAGCGUUAGCAGCUUGCAGAACGUUGGCUGAAGAGCUCACUGAAUCGCGAUUUCCAGCUCCUAGGAUUCUUGCUUUCAAGGAAGGGAGCUCCCAGGCACGAUAUUUUGUCUCACGACUGAUACCAGCACACAAAGAUCCUCCUUACGAACAGGAGGCAAGAUUCCCGCAGCUUCAGACUUUGACAAUGGAACAGCGGACAAAGCUGAAAAGCAGCUUUCUGCACUUUGAUGAUCCCAGUUUCUGCGAAUGGAUACGGAGCUUAAAAGUCGUGCCACCGGAGCCAAGCUAACCAAGGGAACUAAGCCAACACCGAAGUCUGGCAUAAUCUGUAACCUCCAAGAGAAGGGAAGACUCGAGGGAGCACUGCAUGGGAUUGCUACUUCCCUGCUUGAGCCGUUUUGCAUGGACAACGUCGAAAGAUGUCUCAAAUGGAAAUGUUACUGAUGUCGUUUCGGUUUUCUUGGUUGUGCCAUAAUGAUUCGACAUGUGUAACUGUUAUGCGCUGCGCUGUGGGCGAAUUGGGAUUGAGAGGUUUACUUCUGCUAACAGAAAAUGAUGGAACUUUGUGAGACUGCCUGAAACAUAAUAAUUGGUAAUGACCAUAUGCUGAGUACCCUUUUGCUGUCAUUUGGGAUAAACUAGGCUGAUUGUUUCAUUUGUGAUACGGUUGUGUUAUCCCUAGGUAGAAUAGUCUUAUUUUCUCACUUUAUGAUCUCACUGCUCUGGACCUAAGAUGGAUUUUCAUGGGAAGGAGUGGGAAUGUAAGCUGUGUCAGUUUGUCUACAUGGUUUAAACAGGAUUGGGUCAUCUUUUUACCUAUAAGAGGUCAGGUCAGGUCAGGUCAGGUCGGAUCAACCUGGAGUAAUUUUUUUUUACCUAUAAGAGGUCAGGUCAGGUCGGAUCAACCUGGUUUAAUUCUUCAUACACAAAGGAGAAUGAGAUUGUAAAAUGGAAAGUGUAUCAACUUGGUGCAAUUUUGAUUGAGGCAAGUUUCGUUGAUUUGGGG